AUGGCGAACCCAACACCCAAACCUAGUCCCACUCUCAUCCUUCGUGUGAUCCUACGUUGCUGGUUGUGUUCAUCCCUUGCUAUGGGAGCCACUUACAAUGUGGUCAACUUUGGUGCCAAAUCAGACGGUAAAACGGACUCAUCCAAAGCGUUCCUCAACGCAUGGGCCAAAGCUUGUGCUUCCUCCAACCCUGCCUCGGUUUACGUGCCGCAAGGGAGGUUCUUGCUCGGAAGUGCCACCUUCGGUGGGCAAUGUCAUAACAAAGCUCUCACCUUUACCAUUGAUGGCACUCUGGUGGCUCCUUCUGAUUACAGGGUCAUCGGAAACUCCGGUAACUGGUUGCAGUUCGAGAGUGUGAACGGGGUUUCCAUUCGCGGCGGCGUGCUCGAUGGCCAAGGCACUGCCUUGUGGAACUGCAAGAACUCCGGCAAAGGAAAUUGCCCCACCGGUGCUACGACACUGGCUUUCACCAACGCGAAUAACAUAGCAGUUAGUGGGUUGACAUCAUUGAACAGUCAAUUGUUCCACAUAGUGUUCAAUGGAUGCCAGAAUGUGAAGGUGCAAGGAGUGAAGGUCCUGGCAGAUGGAAACAGUCCUAACACCGACGGUAUCCAUGUCCAAAUGUCCUCCCAUGUCACCAUCCUCAACUCCAAAAUUCGAACUGGGGAUGAUUGCAUCUCCAUUGGCCCUGGAACCACUAACUUGUGGAUUGAAAACAUUGCAUGUGGACCAGGCCAUGGAAUAAGCAUUGGGAGCUUGGGGAAAGAUUUGAAUGAAGCUGGUGUACAAAAUGUGACAGUGAAAACGGUUACCUUCUCCGGGACUCAAAACGGUGUUAGAAUCAAGACCUGGGGAAGACCCAGUAACGGAUUUGUGAGGAACGUUCUUUUCCAAGACGCUAUCAUGGUCAAUGUAGAAAAUCCUGUUAUAAUUGACCAGAAUUACUGCCCAGCUAACAAGGGCUGCCCCGGUCAGGCAUCUGGAGUGAAAGUGAGUGAUGUGACAUACCAAGACAUUCAUGGAACAUCUGCUACACAAGUUGCUGUGAAAUUUGAUUGCAGUUCCAAGUAUCCAUGCAGCGGGAUAAGGUUGGAGGAUGUGAAGCUCACAUACAAGAACCAACGUGCUCUAUCUUCCUGCAACCAUGCUGGAGGAGCCUCGUUGGGUUCAGUUCAACCCCAGAGUUGCUUUUAG